GAGCAGUCUGGAGUCAAAAGAGCGUCUACGGCGAGAAGGCAGGCGGUGAGAGUGGGGUGGAGUCCCAGGCUGCAGCUGUAGCGCCUGUGAUUGGGCGGAGAGGCCCGGCAGAAAUGGCAGAUUCCAAAAUUUCUGGGCUUUCUGCAGGGCUCUCUGGGACUUUUUUUUGGUGCUGCAAUAAGGUGGCGGACCGCACCUCGAGGCCGCGAACACCAGCAAUCCUCACGACAUUGUCCUCAACACAGCCAUCACAUUCGCCAUAGGCUGAGUUGCAACAAUGCCGAACCACAUCUCAAAGCCCAAGAAGCCCAAGUCGAAGCGGACGCCCACCCGUCUCCGGCACAAGAUUGAAAAGGCCUCGGCCUCGAAACAGCGCAAGGCGAGAAAGGAAGCCAAGAAGAAUCCUCAGUGGAAGUCGAAGCUCAAGAAGGACCCCGGCAUCCCCAACCUUUUCCCAUACAAAGAGAAGAUUCUCCACGAGAUCGAAGAGGGUCGCCGGCGGAAACAGGAAGAGCAGCAGCGGCGGAGAGAGGCUCUCAAGGCUGGCAAAACCGGUGGCGCCGCCACUACUGAGGAAGAUGAUGCUGUUCUCGAGGAUGGAGCCGAGUUGGAGGACUUUGAGGGUGACGACAACAUGAUGGACGAGGACGAUGUCGACGAGUCCAACCCCAUGGCUGCCCUCAUUGCGAGUGCCAAGAAGGCCGCAAAAAAGUACGACCGCGAGCUGCAGAGCGGCGACGAGGAUGACGAGAUGGACGACUCCGAGGACGAAUCCGAAGACGACGAGGACGACGAAGAGGGCGUCAGCCUGCCCAACGCUGGCUCUUCGAGGAAAGCAUACGACAAGGUGUUCAAGCAGGUCGUGGACCAAGCCGAUGUCGUGCUCUACGUCGUGGAUGCUCGUGAUCCGGAAAGCACCAGGUCGCGCGAGGUCGAGCGCAUGGUCAUGGCCGCAGCCAGCGGUGGCAAGCGGCUCAUGCUCAUCCUCAACAAGGUCGACCUCGUGCCCCCUAAGGUGCUCAAGGACUGGCUCGUCUACCUGCGCAGGUACUUCCCGACACUGCCUCUUCGGGCUUCUGGCUCUGCGCCCAAUGCUCAGACCUUCAACCACAAGGAUCUGACCGUCCAGAGCACAUCUUCCGCGCUUUUCAAGUCUCUCAAGUCCUUUGCCGCCUCGAAACAGCUCAAGCGCGCCAUCUCCGUCGGCGUCAUCGGCUAUCCCAACGUCGGAAAGUCGUCAGUCAUCAACGCCCUGCUCGCGCGUCUCGGCAGCCGCGGCGCUUCUGCAUGCCCGGCUGGCGCCGAGGCCGGUGUCACGACCAGCAUCCGCGCCGUCAAGAUCGACAAGCAGCUCACCCUCCUCGACUCCCCCGGCAUUGUGUUCCCCUCGGCGCCCGAGGGCGGCCUCGUGGCCAGGAAGAACGUCAUCGAGGCGCACGCGCACCUCGUGCUGCUCAACGCCGUGCCGCCCAAGGAGAUCGACGACCCGGUCCCUGCCGUCACGCUCCUGCUCAAGAGACUCUCCGCCUCGCCCGAGCUGAUCCAGAAGCUCAUGGACGUCUACGACCUGCCCCCGCUGCUGUCCACCAGCAACGGCGAUGCCACGACAGACUUCCUCGUCCAGGUCGCUCGGAAACGCGGCCGCCUGAGCCGUGGCGGCGUGCCCAACAUCCACGCUGCCGCCAUGACUGUGGUCACGGACUGGCGCGACGGCCGCAUCCAAGGAUGGGUUGACGCCCCGAUCCUCCCCGUCGCCGUGGAAGGUGCCGCGCCGCCCAAGGAGGGUGAGGCCCUGCCGGACCAGAAGCAGAUCGUGACGGAGUGGGCCAAGGAGUUCAAGCUCGAGGGCUUGUGGGGAGACGACAGUGCCACUGCGGAUGAGAUGGAGCAAUAGAGAAAACAAAUCGGCCGCAUAGCUGCGGCGAUUAGUUUACACUUGUCGUUUAUCAUCACGGCGUUCAGGUUGUGGGGCUUUUUUAACAAAAAUUUACGAUUGCGAAGCCGCAU